AUGUCAUCAACGAAACCAUCUUGUUCACUUUGCGAUGUCUCCUUCGACAACAGUCAGGAGCAUCGAGUGCAUGCCAAGAGUGAGGCUCAUGUCCAAGCCUUGAGGAACCGUGCUGCUGCUUCGGGUCUACUUGAGCAAUUAAACGAGGACAGCGACCGAUUUUCCAAUACAAGCAACGACCCAAAAGAUGAGCUCUCAACUAGCGACGAUGAAACUGGAGACGAGACAUCGAACAGUGCGAUCCCUGAAUGUGACCCCACAAAAUGCAUCAUAUGCAUGCACAGCGACGAGAGCUUUGAUAAGACCCUCCUUCACAUGGAAACAGCUCACGGUCUACGGAUACCGUUUCGGGACCAUCUGAUCGUGGACUUGGAGACUGUGAUCUGGUACCUUUACUUCCUAGUGGCAACAUAUCGCGAGUGCAUCUACUGCGGAACACGGAGACGGACGGUAGAGGGAAUUCAGCAGCAUAUGAGAGACAAAGGCCACUGCAGGGUUGAUUUGACAGACGAGAUGCAGGAGUUUUAUGACCUUGAAGGUCUUAAGGCUCAUGGUCGAGAAAACGCGGUUUCCGUUGAUAACGAGAGUCUUCGGCUAUCAUCGGGCAAGAUCCUUUCACACCGCGAUGCUCCCGUCACAAAACCACGACGAACAUCGCCCCACGAAGACGAAGAGGAGAAAAGAGCACCUCUUCCUAGCCAUGCUGCUUCUGAUGCACUUACAGCCAGAGAUAAAAAGGACGCCGCUCUUGCGUCUCAAUUAGCGCGGCUUAAGGAGUUUUCUGCUGCAGAGAAAGAAGGAAUUGGAUGCAGUUCGUCGGUCGGAAAGGAAGAUGAGGUUGAAGACGGAGAGAUUGAGUAA